AGAUGGCCACUACAAAAGAGUACACCGAUGAAGAACUGAAUUAUUACCGGAUUUGCUAUCUCACCACUGAUAUAAUUACCGAGGGUCUGCGAACAAUCUUCAAACAGGAAUGGAAUAGUCGUCACAAGGCAACAUUAGGUGAAUGGAAAGAUGAGCCAAAAAAUGGUCAGGACUUCAAGAACAGUGAAUCUCUGCGCAAGCAAAGGGAAAAAGCCCAUCUUCUGGUCACCAUGGUCAAUGGAAACAGUGCUGAAUGGGAUUGUACCAUGCUUUUUUAUGCCAUUCUUUUCUCCGAUUGUAUUGGGAAUGGUCUCAAUCCAACUAUAAAAUCAAAAGUGGAUGAUCUCAGAAAGCUCCGUAAUGAAGAUUUUGCACACAUGCCACAUGGCCACCUCACAGAUGCAGAGUUUCAAAAUGCUAUCAAUAAAGUUGAAGUAGCCUUCCAAGCUCUUGGCCUCUCCACACACCAAAUUCAAGUGGUUUACCAUCAGACAAGUUUCCCCACUGAGGAACUGAGUAAUGUGUUAAAAAAGGUUGAGGUACUUGAAGCUCAGUUAAACAAAGAAAUUUCAUCCUUCUGCGUCCUUCCACCUAAACCUUCACACGAAGUUGCAAAUCGUGAAUUUGAGGUGGCUGGAAUUUCAAAACAGUUGGAAGAGCUCAAAGAGGCCAAUGAGAAAAGAUUGAGUUACUUGUACAUCUCUGGCAACCCAGGAAGUGGCAAAUCUCAGUUAGCUGGUCUCGUGGGGAAGAGAUACUUUGAUGUAGUAAAUUCAAUUCCAAAUUCUACAGUUUUUGUGAUGACGGCAAAUGCUGAAAGCCCAAGCACUCUUCUAGAAUCGUAUAUCUCCUUGGCGCGAAAGCUUAAGUGCCCAGAAUAUGCCACUACUAACACACUUAACUCUCCGGAUUUAAACUCAGAUGAGAAGAUUGCUCAUAUGAAGUCCUUAAUUGGCACAAAAAUCCAGCUUUACAGCUCUUGGCUCCUAGUUGUUGACAACGUCAAAAGCAUUUCUAAGAUUCAUGCGUAUUUGCCAGAGUCUGGAGAUGAACAGUGGGCAAGGGGUCAGUUGUUGAUCACAACACAAGACACCAUGUCUGUUCCGCCAACAAACUCUUUUACUAGUCAUUUAUCUUUUAGCAAAGGUAUGGAGCCCCAUGAUGCCAUGACAUUACUUGAAAAGCUUUCUGGUAUCUCAGAUUAUGAUACAAAGAAGCUUGCACAAGUAUUAGACUACCAGCCGCUUGCCUUAGCAAUUGCCGCAACCUAUGUCAGAGAGGCUCAGCAGAAUAGAGCGAAUUUUGGAUGGAGUGAUUACCUAAAAAGACUUGAGGAAGGCCGAAGAGGGGCGACUGCAAACAUUUUCAUUGAAACGAACCAAACUUACCCAAAAUCAGUGACUGAGGUAUUAGAGAUAGCUGUUCAAGAGGCAAUGGAAUCCACCAAUGUUGUACUCAAGCACACUGUUACUUUGUUGUCCUUGUGCGCAGCACAGCCAUUAAAUCUUGAGAUAGCAGUAAAUUACAUUUGCAAGGUAGAGAUAGAUUUGCAAGAUGAAGAAAACAUUAGGAUGAAGAUUCGAAGAUGCCCUCUGUUGCUAUUGGAUGAGGAGGAGAGUGGUGUCUACAUUAGAGUACAUCAGGUUACACACGAUGCUAUCUGCAGGUUGAUAAAAGCAAAGUCCGGAGAAGGUGAACUAUUAGCCUUAAAUGCGACGGUUGAGGCCAUGUCCCAGUUUCUGAAUGAUAGUAAAAAGUUAAUUGGCUUCAAAAAAUUUUAUUCAUGUGAGAAAGGCAGACAAACUGUUCUUCAUGCUGAAACAUUGUUGAGAAAAAUUGAAAGAUUUAAAUAUUCAAAGGAAAACAUUUCUGAGGUUGCAGGAAAUGAUAUCUGUAAAAUGUUUUGUGAUGUACGCAUUAAGGCAGCAGCCUUAUGUCUUCAUGUUCAGGCUGAAAUUCUGAAAUAUCAUGAUUGUGUAUCAGGAUUGUGUACAUUAGUCUGA